AUGGCUUUCGAACGUUUGGCAACCGAAACUUUGAUUGAUAUAGUCAAGUACGCGGGGAUCGAUGGGACGACAUCCUCAUGGCUCAGUCUAGCAAGCUGUAACCAAAAUCUCAACCGCAUCGUGACUCCGAUGCUAUACCUAAACUUCACCGAGAUGGGACGCAGUUCUGUUCCCAAACUAUUGCGAACAGUCCUGGCGACCACUCAACUAGCUACCUACGUGCGGAGGUACACUGGCCCCGGAUUUCCGAAUAGAGAGUUCUUGGAUGUCUCCGAACUAGCACAAGCUGACUUCGCUGCCUGUCAAGAAAGAAUGAAUGCCUUCCAAGAUACCUUGAAGGGAACAGGCGCUGCACUAGAAGACAUCGAGAAUUGGAUGCCUCGCAUCCGACAAGGGAGGUGGCAUGCUGUGACUAGCAUGCUUCUUCUUCUCCUCCCCAAUUUAGAGGGCAUUGAGAUGAUCGACUAUCGACAUGACGAGGCAGGAGAUAUGGAGCACGCUCUGGGAAUAGCGGCCCGUCUUCAAGUGUCCGGGAUAUCAACUCAAUCCUCACUGGAGCAUCUCACCGACCUUUCUCUCUCCCCCUUCGCACAACCAGACGUGGCAGAGGCCGACGACCCCCUCGGCUUCUACCUUUGGCCGGAGUCAGAAUACCUGCAUUUUUCAGAUAUAAUGCCUUUCUUGAGGCUCCCAUCUGUCCAGUCUGUAGCCGUUUCCAGACUAGCCGUCGAUAACGCUCGCGAUCGCCGGCUGGUCUACCCACCAGAAAACUACCAAUUCAGCACCAAGAAGCUAGAAAUCGCCAAUUCCUGCUUAGAUGCGUGGUGGCUAAUCACAUUUCUCCGCCUCUUCACAUCUCUGCGCAAAUUCUCCUACAAUCACGUCGCCAGGGAGCAAGAAGACCCCGACUUCCUGCCGCAGGAGAUCGGGCAGGCAAUCGCACAUCUCCAUCCUUGCUUGGAGGAAUUGGAGAUCUCUAAUUCAGGCGAGGAGAACGGAGAGUGGACGACAGCGAGGGAAAUCGGCUCCUUGGCUCAAUUUGAAAGGCUGAAGAGCAUAGAUGUGGAUUGGUCCAUUUUGUUUGGGUUCCCAAGCGGUUUGGAUGGGUCAACGCUGGUGGUGCGGCUAUGUGAAGUUCUUCCGAGAGCGUUGGAGAGGUUGGUCUUGCGUCACAGUGGUGGCCUGUGCUGUGAAGAGGAUUUGAGAGAGUUGCUGUGGGUGGUAGAGGAGAGAUUUCCGGAGUUGAAGAGGAUUGAGAUGAAGGGAUCGCAUUGUAACGAUUCUGGAGCACUGACAAGGGAUUUCAAGGCCAAGGGCGUAGAACUUUUGGCACACCCUCCCAAGUGUAACUUUGGGACAAAGAAAGUCAAUUUUGAAUAG